GAUUCUUUCAACAAACAAACAUAAGGAAAGGAGAUUCUUUCAUUUGCAUCUCACUUAUCUCUCUCUCUCUCUCUUCACAGUGACGUUCUUCAAAGAGAGAGAAAAAAAAAAGAAGACAAAGCUAUAGUACAAAAUAAGUGGCUUCUCUAUCAAAACAAAACUAAACAAAACAAACACGCCUUUGUUUUUCGCGUUCACUUCUCAGAAUCACUUUUGCGAAAUCAUAAGAACAAGAACAAUCGUGGCAAAGGGUAUUCAAGUAAUUUCAACUCCUUUCUUCUCCACCUCCAUGUUCUUCCUAUCUACUAACUUCAACGCCAACAACGACACUCCGUUUCUCUCCGGCGGAGGCGGCGGCAACAAACUCUCCUUCAUGACCACCGCUCCUUCGACUACAGCGGUGCUCUUCACGGCUUUUGCCGGCAUCGGUUUUUUCGUCAUCUUCUUCUAUGGUGCAAGUAGGUAAAAACCAAAUACUCUUCAAAUGAAUGAAUGAAUUAGAGAAAGCAUCUUCGCAAUCGCAAAAACCCUAGCUCAAUUCCUCACUCUCACUCAGACAUAGAUGAAAUUGUUUUCGAUUUCGUAACAAACAAAAAAAACGAAAAACAAAGUGUGAUUGAUUAUAGAUGAAUCCUCUUAGACGAAGUAACAAUUCAUCUUCUUCGUCUUCAAAUUCCUCUCCUUCAUCAUCAUCAUCGUCUUCAUCUUCAUCGUGGAUCCAUUUACGUUCGGUUCUAUUCGUUGUUAGUUCUUCCUCACCAGCUUCUUGUUCAUCCUCUGAUCGAGGUCGUCUUAAAUCACCAUGGUCACGCCGAAAAAGAAAACGUGUCCUUUCUCCUCAACAAUGGAAAAGCUUGUUUACCCCUGAUGGGAAAAUUCGCGAUGGUGGAAUUAAAUUCCUGAAAAGAGUUCGCAGUGGAGGUGUUGAUCCUUUUAUAAGAGCUGAAGUUUGGCCUUUCCUACUUGGAGUAUAUGAUUUGGACACUACCAAAGAAGAAAGAGAUGUUACUCGAACUCAAAAUAGAAAGAAGUAUGAGAAACUCCGCAGACAAUGCCGGCAACUUCUAAAUUCCAACAGUGGGAGAUUUAAGUUGAUUGAAAUAGGUGAAAUCAACUAUGAAGGAGAUGGUGUAAGUUUUAUUCAAGAUUCUGGUUCUCCGAGUUCAGAAGAUGCAGCAAGUGCCAGAGAAUCCCUUUCCAGUGAGGAACAGAGCCCAGAUUUUGAAUAUUCAGAUGAUCCAUCCGUUACCCUGUUGGAAGGAGACGAUGCUCCCAACAGCAGCAAUGCUGAUGCCUCUGCUCUUGAUACAGAUUCCACUGAUUCAGAUUCCUCAGAAAGUCCUGAGGUAUUUCAGGCAUUUCCUUCUGAUGACGGCCUGGAAGACAACAAUGGCAAGACACCUUCUAAGGAUAAUUCUUCUCCCUCACAAAUGAAUGGUACUUCAAAACUACGAAGUAGUGAAGACUUCGCCACAUGGCAACGGAUCAUCCGACUUGAUGCAGUACGUGCCAAUGCAGAAUGGAUGCCAUACUCUCCAUCUCAAGCUGUUGUAGCAGAAAGUAGGGCACAUCGAUCUGCUGAGGCUGUUGGCUUGAAGGAUUAUGGUCACCUAGAUGCUGGCAGAAUUUUUCAUGCUGCUCGAUUAGUUGCUAUUCUUGAAGCUUAUGCUCUAUACGACCCAGAAAUUGGCUACUGCCAGGGUAUGAGUGACCUGUUAUCUCCUAUAAUUAGUGUUAUAUCAGAAGAUCACGAGGCAUUCUGGUGUUUUGUUGGAUUUAUGAAGAAGGCUAGGCAGAAUUUCAGGCUUGAUGAGGUCGGUAUUAGAAGGCAACUCGAUAUAGUUGCAAAAAUAAUCAAGUUUAAGGAUUCCCACCUGUUUCGGCAUUUGCAGAAGCUUCAAGCCGAGGAUUGCUUUUUUGUGUACAGGAUGGUGGUGGUAUUGUUCAGACGGGAGUUGACAUUUGAACAAACUCUGUGCCUUUGGGAAGUAAUGUGGGCAGAUCAAGCUGCAAUCAGAGCAGGUAUUGGGAAAUCAGCCUGGAGCAGAAUUAGGCAGCGUGCUCCACCAACAGAUGAUUUAUUGCUUUUUGCAAUAGCAGCCUCUGUGUUACAGAAAAGGAAAUUGAUCCUCGAGAAGUAUAGCAGCAUGGACGAUAUCCUUAAGGAAUGCAAUGGUAUGUCAGGACACCUUGAUGUUUGGAAGCUCCUGGAUGAUGCCCAUAACUUGGUGGUCACCCUUCAUGAUAAAAUGAAAAACAGAGGCAUCAUUCCGAUGACUGCAGUUGACACGUAAACUACUUUAUUAUAUUGUCGCCAAAAAAUCUAUAGUUUCAGGCUGCUAGAUAUCUCCUCUGCGUCUGACAAUAAGCAAAAUGCUGGAUUUGUUAAAAUGAAUCUUUGCUGCUUGCUGAAACUUGCCACGGCUUAUUUACUAUCUUUAGUUUCGAUAGUGCUGGCCAUUGUGGGAAAUGAAGUUAGUUAGGUUUACAUGGUAUGUAUGUUUAUUUCCUUUCUUUUGGCUCCAUCCUGUUCUUCUUUUCAAUUUCAAUUAUGAUUUGAUACACGAUUCGGAGCACCUUUGCCUAAAGCAGGUGGGUAGGUGCAUGUAACCUUUAGUAGAAGAGACAAAGAUUUCCUCGACAAUUACAAAUGUUGUCCUUUUUGACUGGA